AUGAGCCGGAUCUCCUUCCGAUCAUCCACCGGAGGGGGCAUGAGGGGCUUCAGCUCGGGCUCUGCCAUCGUGGGAGGAGGAGGAGGAGGAGGAGGCACCACCCGGAGCAGCUUCAGCUCCGUCUCCGUCUCCAGGGUCGGGGCAGGACGAGCCGGAGGCUUCGGGGCCGGCGGGGGUUUCGGCAGCAGGAGCCUCUACAACCUCGGGGGGAGCAAAAGGAUCUCCUACGGCUCCUCAGCCAUCGGGGGGGGUCUCCGCAGCAGCGGCUUCGGGCUGGGCUACGGCGGAGGAGGAGCCGCGUUCGGCUUCGGAGGAGCUUUCGGGCUGGGAGGAGGAGGAGGAGGAGGAGGAGGAGGAUUCGGGAUGGGGGGAGCCGGGUUCGGAGUGCGAGGGGGGUUCCCCGCGUGCCCCCCGGGAGGAAUCCACGAGGUGACGGUGAACCAGAGCCUGCUGGCCCCGCUCAAGCUCGACAUCGACCCCGAGAUCCAGAAGGUUCGCACGCAGGAGCGGGAGCAGAUCAAGACCCUCAACAACAAGUUCGCCUCCUUCAUCGACAAGGUGCGCUUUUUGGAGCAGCAGAACAAAGUGCUGGAGACCAAGUGGAGCCUCCUGCAGGAGCAGGGUCACACCGUCACCAGGAAAUCCCUGGAGCCCCUUUUCGAGUCCUACAUCAGCAACCUGCGGCGGCAGCUCGACAGCCUGCUGGGCGAGCGGGGCCGGCUCGACUCCGAGCUCAGGAACAUGCAGGACAUGGUGGAGGACUUCAAGAACAA